GCAGGAAAAUAUUUACUGAGAGAUUUAAAAUGCCACCCUUAGGGAUUCUAACGUUUUUUAUUUUAUGUGCCUCUACUUCGCUGGCCCAGGACAAGUCUGUGGACCUUCAAACGCGUUGUGGUGCAAGCUUUUCGGACACAUAUAAGCCUGUACAAAUCCAGGUCAAUGAAGAUUCUGAUUGUACUUGGAGCAUUGUGAGACCAGCAAAUGAAACAACAAGAAUCGUGUUCUCGAUCCUAGAUUUAAACACAGCCGCUGAUUGCUCCCAAGAGAAUGUGACCGUUCUUGAUGAAAACCUCCAAGUACUGGGAGUACUCUGCCCAAACUCACCUAGAAUUGAUGUGUUUGAGACCCCUGGCAGUGCUUACCUCAGAGUCUCAACCAACUCAGAUGCCUUAGUACGCACUGUAUAUCUGAUGUAUUACUCCUUUGCUCCUGGAAACGAAGCUGCAGUGUGCGGAGGACAGGUCAAUGGCUAUUCUGGAUCUAUUUCAAGCCCUAAUUACCCUGGCAGACAUCCACACUUUGCUUAUUGUGUUUGGCACUUGGAGACACCAAAGAACACCAAGAUUGACCUGUCAUUCACUGAGAUCUUUUUAGAAGUCGACCCAGUGUGCCGUUUUGAUUUCAUUGCUUUGUAUGAUGGUCCAACCACUAACUCGCCAAUCCUGGAUGUAUUGUGUGGUCGGACAGUGGCAGAGUUAGAAACAACAUCCAACACACUGACCGUGGUGCUGAGUACAGACUAUGCCAACUCAUAUUUUGGAUUCAAUCUUAAAUAUGUAGCACUGCCUGAAAACAACUCAAGCUCUUUGUUCUGCUCUGGAGAAAAAAUGACCGUUAUUUUCGACCCAUCCUAUAUCAACUCACUGGGAUACAAUGCAAAUGACUUGACACUGAUUGAUACAUCCUGUGGACCAGUUUCAAGCAAUCCUAUUGCAUUUAAUGUACCUUUCACCUCCUGUGGAACAGUCAGAAAGGUGGAAGAUCAUGUUAUCUCAUACACCAACAUUAUCACUGCCACUUCAAGUGGAGUGAUCACUAGACGGAAGAAUAUAGAGUUUGUGAUGACAUGUGAACUGGACAAUGAAUCCAUUGUGGAGAUUAUGUAUGUGACGGAAAACGAUAUAAUUCAGGAGAGUCAGGAGACAGGCAAAUAUGACAUUAGUUUAUCAUUCUACCAGACUCAGGAUUAUACCACACCAGUGCUGGAAUCUCCCUACUACAUUGAGCUCAAUAAUACACUCUUCCUGCAAGCUACCCUGAAGACUGAAGAUCCUGGGCUCACCUUAUUCACAGAGAGCUGCUUUGCAUCAUCUAAAUCAAACUUCAAUGGUCCUACUUAUUAUCUCAUCCAGAAUGGGUGUGCAAAAGACAACACGUACCAUAACUUUCCCUCGGGCAGUGGCUUAGCACGGUUCAGUUUCAGUGCCUUCAAAUUCAUUGAAGAAUACCCUUCGGUGUACCUCCAGUGCCGAGUGGUGAUCUGCGAUUCCAAUGAUCCUGGGUCCCGCUGUAACCAAGGCUGUAUCACUCGAAACCGCAGGGACCUUGGCUCAAACGUAAGGAAAGUAAGCGCAGUGGUGGGCCCCAUUCGCUUGAAACGUCAAAGUGAUGUUGAUCCUCUAGGAUCAGUCAGUGAGAAGAGAGGAGAAGACUCCACCUCAGAAACUAGCAACAUAUAUUUGUUCGGAAUACUGGUACUCGUGGUCAAUGUGUUAUUAGUGGCAUUUAUAGUACUCAGGAAUUCCAGGAAGAAACCAAAUAGUUAUGAAUAUCAGGCACUGCCUACUGAAUAAGAGGAACACAAACUUCUCCAUGUAUCACUGGCCCAAAAGGCUGAUGACAAAUAAAAUUUAGAAGGUAUGAAUAUA